AUGGCAGCAAGCAAGCCCUCGGGAGAGUUACCGAGCAAACGAUGGGCUUCUUUUGAUGGCUGGGAUUACAAUGGCAUGAAAGAGCGGCUGCAGACAGCAUUGGCCACAAUCAACAAGAGCGCGCUCAUACGCCAUGCUCAACGCAUCAAGGGCCAGGAGCUCACUAUGAGCGAACCAUUUUCUGCUGGCCAGUAUUGGAUCUGCUUCGAAAUGGUUGCGCAAGACAAGAGCAUCGUCAUUGCCAGAGUUCGCCUGCCCCGUCACCCCGACAUCCCAGCAACGGUUAGUGAGGAAGAUGUGGCCUACUCGAUUGAUUGUGAGAUCGCGGCCAUGGAGUUUGUCCGGCUGAGGCUCAACGCGGUUUCUCUUCCGCGUGUAUACGCCUGCGAAGGCAUGGGAUCGCGACAGGCUGCCAUCGCUGGAGCUCCGUACAUGCUGAUAGAGAGAUUCUACGGAAACACUCUACAAGACGUCGAAUUCGAUAUUUGUGAUUUACCAAUCUCGACACAAAAACACAUCAUUGCCCAGUGGACAGCUGUGCAAGCGGAGCUGGCGACUUUGGCCCAUCCCCAGAUUGGCACCAUCUGCUCUGUUACCGAAACUGGAGACCCUAUCGUCGGGAAGUUGGCUGCCGGAGAACUUAUGAAGUUAGGACCGUUCUCAAGGGCGUCUGACUAUUUCACUGCUCUUGGAGAUGCCGCAACAAAUAAUACAGCCACUCGUCUGGGGGCCUUUGUCUUUCUCGAUAUCGUGGAGACCACCGAUCUGUUUGGGAGGAGCGUAACUGAUGAAUGUUUUCCCUUUAACCACAUGGACCUCGGUACACAGAAUAUCCUGGUGGACGAGCACUUCAACUUCGUUGCCAUCAUCGACUGGGAAUUCGCUCAGACAGCACCCUGGCAGGUCAUCCAUUAUCCCAUGCCUUUCCCACUACUGAGCCCGACUGAAGACAUUCUGCGUGAUCCGAGUCACAUAGCGUACAGUAGCGUGUGCCGCCAGGAUGCUGCGCAAAAAAUAUAUGUCCAAAAGUUCCGGGAUGCGGAACGCGAACUUGAAGGGAAAGGCCGGCAGCUCGGAGGGUCGUUCGCCACUACCCUCGAUAGCCCGGCUUCGAGGAUAUAUGCCUGCUUUACGAAUAUCGGUCGUUUACCUGCGGCUGAUGAAGAUCUGGUACAUGAGAUGGCACGGCUUGCGUUUGGACUGGAUCCUCAGGAGGCGGAAGAGUAUGUUCGGAAGGUAGAGCGAAGGCACUGCCUUUCGACAGGCCACGAGGUCACUUGGGCCGUUGUUGGGAAUAGGAGGUAG